AUGGACAAAGCAUCAUCACAAGAGUGUCCAUACCCAGGAUGUUUCUUCUGCGUAAUGAAAGAAGGAAACCCAAGCAAACGAAGAUCCUGCAUCCUCAAAUUCUUCAGAGACCUCCCUUCUCAAGAAGACGACGGCCAAGUCCUCCCCAUAAGCGGCCUCUGGAACACAGCGAUGGCACACCCGAACGACCCCGAGUUCAUCGAGCUCGGGAUCUUCGAGUGCAUGUCCGCUCUCAUCUGGAAAGGACUCAAAACCCGUCGCUGGCUCUCCCACGACCAGAACAUCUACAUCCCUUACUACGCAGCGCACAUCAUCGGCUCCUACACGAUGAACAUGGAAGAGUUCGCCGAGAGAUCCGUGGAAGCCGGAGUGAUCCCUCCUCUCGUCGAGCUUUUAAGAGGAAGACUCACUUGGGUCGAACAGAGAGUCGCAGUUCGCGCUUUAGGUCACUUAGCUACUUACCCUAGCACAUUCCCCGCGGUUGCAAACCACGGGGAGAUCCUCGAGCUCGCUAUACAGCUGGCGAUGAGCUCGUUAGAGAUCGUUUACUCUCAUUUCUACCAGUAUCCGGACCGGAGGUUGAGCUACCACUGCGAUCUGCUGACACGUGGCAUGGGAGGCGUUGAGAUGGAGUCAAGAAAAGCAGAGGAGUGGGCGAGUCAGUUACAAUGCUGGUCGCUUCAGCUUAUAAACUGUUUCGCGUUUAAGCCUGAGUUUCUUCCGACUCUGUGCAAGCCUGAGUUUCUUGUGAACCUUCCGGUGAUGUGGGGAGGGCUUGUGAACGAGAACUCCCCAGCUGGGAUCGGUUUGCUUAGAACGAUAUGUCAGCAUAAGCUCGGGCGUGGACCUGUCUCCGCUUGCUCCGGGAUGGUCGAGGCCUUGUGUAACAUCGCUCGGUCUUCCGAUGAUUGGCAGUACAUGGCGAUUGAGUGUCUUCUCUGGCUGCUUCAAGAUCCUAAUACCUCUCACAAGGUGGUUGAUAAAGCCGUGCCAACGCUUGUGGAUCUUGCUGAGAUCACGAACUUGGGAGAUCACAAGAAGCUUGGAGAUUCGAUUGUGAGUGUUCUUCAAGAGUGUGGCUCGAUGGGAAACCGUUCGAGGGAGUUGGUGGAAGAGACGGUGAGUUCUCGGCAGAGGAUGAAAUGGGAGAAGAGUAUGCCUAAAGAGGAUCUUCAUAUUAAGCAAGCAGCGGCGUUGGUUGUGAAGCUCGAAGGGAACUCUCUGUUUUCUUCAGGGGAUAUUGCUGGUGCGGCGGAGAAGUACUCGGAGGCGUUGUCUUUGUGUCCGAUGAGGUCGAAGAAGGAGAGAGUUGUGUUGUAUAGCAACAGAGCUCAGUGUCAUCUGUUGCUGCAACAGCCUUUAGUUGCGAUAAGCGACGCGACGAGAGCGUUGUGUUUGCAUAAUCCUGUGAACAGGCAUGCGAAGAGUCUUUGGAGGAGAGCUCAGGCUUAUGAUAUGUUGGGGUUAGCGAAAGAGAGUUUGUUGGAUGCGAUUCUGUUUAUUAACGAGUGUUCGCAGUCGAACGAUCCUGAUCUGUCUAUGAGGCAGAAUAAGGUUCCUGAUUACGCGGAGAGGCUGGUGAAGAAGCAGAUGAGAGCGGCGUGGCUGUUUAGAGAAGCGGCGUUGAAGCAUGGAGGUGUGGUUAGGAAAGGGGAAGAGAGGGAAGUUUAUGGGAAUGAGAGCGAUGAUUCCGAGUGGGAGACUGCGAGUGAGAGCGAUAUUGGAGAUGAUGGGAGAGAUCAUCAUUUGGGACUUGAUGAUGAUGAUGAUGAGGAGGAGGUGGUGGAGGAAGGUCAUGGAGACAAGUGGAAGAAUAGAGAUAAGUCGAGUGAGAAGAAUGAGAAAACUUCUGCUAAAGGUAUGAGGCAUGGAUACAGCAUAAAGCUAGCAGAAGAUGAAAACUGA